AUGGGUUCAAUCCAGCAACUGGUCACUGGGCAAUUUCCUCAUCCAGUAAUCUCUGAAAUUAAAAUGGCUCUUUCAAAAGAGAGCGCCUUGUUUCAUUUCAUCGUAGAUCUCUCCCCGUUGCUCCUCUACGGUUAAAUGUUAAUGGUGGAUAGUUGGAAGAAGCAAGCCGAGAAAUGAUGAUGGUGAUGACGAUUGAACCAGCGACGGCCUCCCGCUUCGCCGCCGGCGCUAAUUUCUGCUCGUCCGCCACCUUAUCCCAUUAUCACGGAGCGGCAAACUUGGAGGAGCGUAGCAGAGUAAGCGGCACCACUCGCCGGCAGCUACGCACGGCCAGCUUCGACCUACCGUGGAAGAACUCUCAGAGAUCAAGAGCUGGUUCUGUAUUAAAGAGUACGAUUCGAGCAUCUCAAGGACAAUUGGCAUCCGGUUCAGAUCCCUCUGAGCAGAAUGACAAAGUGCAGUAUCAUCCAUUUGAGGAGAUUGUCGAUUCGGCCUCCAAAGGUAGUGGAGAUGUUAGGCUUACAGCUGAAGAGACCUGCAGGACUAUUGUUGAGGUGAACAGCAAAGCUAAUGUGAUGCUGACCAACUUGGUCAAUGAGGAAAUUCAUGAGAAUAUCAUGUGGCCAGACAUGCCAUAUGUGACCGACGAAUAUGGAAAUGUCUAUUUUCAAGUGAAGAAUGACGAAGACAUAUUGAAAACACUUACUUCGAAGAACAACUAUGUGCAAGCGAUUAUAGGCUUUGAUACAGAAGACAUGAUCAGUGAGAUGGAGCUACUGAAUAAUUCCGGCAUUGAUUUUGAGGGAAUCGAUGAUGAAGAUAGUGAUGCCGAAGAAGAAGAUGAUGACGAUGACUAUGAUGAGGAAAUAGUAGCUGUCCUUGAAGAUGACGAUGAUGUCGAUGGGGAUGAUGAUUCUGAUGACGAAGACUGGGAAGAUGAGGAUUCUUCUCAUCCAAUGUAUUUUGCCAAAAGGCUGACUCAGAUUGCUUCAGAUGAUCCUGUAGAUUGGAUGAAGCAACCACCAACUGGUCUGGCCAUACAAGGCAUUCUCAGACCUGCAUUUGAUGAGGAACAUACCGACAUCCAGAGGCAUAUGUCUGGUAAUAAAUUCUGUAAUGACAAAGAAGAUCAAGUUGGGAAAGAGAAAGCAGAAAGCAAAAGAAAUGAUCUUGCUGCAAUCAAUGGUCAGGAAUCCGAGCCUGCACCAUCUGAAGAUGUUCCGGGUAGGGCAGAGAAAGAUGGGACUGGCCCAGCGACUGGGACUUCAUUUUACAAGCUUGAACCAAUAAAGAUCCAGCUUAUUUCAGCUGAUGGACAUCAAGUAUGUUCUUAUGUUCACAUAAUGCAGAUUAUGUCCCCAUCGACGUCGGUUGAACCAGACGAUUUUAGGAAUGCCAAGCCUGAUGUCAUUGCUCACUCAUCAGCCAAGAUCAUAUCCCGUCUCAAAGAUGGUGGUGAAAAGGUCACGGAAGCCCUGAUAUCUCUGUGUUGGAGAUGUAAAGGCAUCCAAGUUGAGGAAGCAACCCUUAUAGGCGUGGAUUCUCUGGGUUUUGAUUUGAGGGUUUGCUCUGGAACUCAAGUCCAAACAUUGCGGUUUGCAUUCAACUCACGGGCCACUUCAGAAUACAGCGCAGAGAGACAACUAAACGAUUUACUAUACCCAAGGAUCACCCAGAGGCCCCUGAAACAUAAAAGAGACUCAGCAAAAUGAACAUCAGUAGCUCUCCAUGCUCCCUCUCCUCUCUCCCCUCUUCUCUGCGAAAUAACUUCUUUGCAACACAAUCAUCAAUUAUUCAAAUGCUGGUGAUCUUAUUGGAAUCCCAUUCUCCCUGUUGGAAUCGAUUGCUGAAAUGUUUCGACAAUGAGAAUAUCCGUUACAGGGAAGCCCAACCAGCUGAAGUGCUCGAGAAAGCCGAAUAUAGAUUAGCAUAGAAAGAAAAGACUCAAAUCACCAAAAGAAAUUCUGCUCCAUUCUCCACACUUCAAUUCCUCUCCAGGUACAAGCUCUGCACAUCCAUCAUUUCCAUUCUUUCCUUCCUCUCUACCUUACUUCCUAGCUCGAGCUUCGUACGCGAAUUGCGCGGCGAGCAUGUCCACAACAGCAGAACCAACAGAUUUGAACACAGUGAUCUCAUCACAGUCCUUCCUCCCAGCUCUCUCCCCUUUUAUCAACUCCACCAGCAGCCCAACUUCCCCUUUCUCAAUCACACCUCUCUCGAACCCGCCCACCAGCUCCCCUGCCUCCACCAAAGCCGCUUCAUUAUCCGCAAACACCGCCCCUGCCCUCCUCAGCGCCGCGUCGUCGCACUCCCUCAUGUUCUCCUUGAACGAACCCACCAAAUCCAAAUGCGCCCCGCGCUUCAGCUUCUCCCCCUUCACCAGCGGCGCAGCGUCCGCAUUGUUCGUCGCGCAGCUCACUAUGUCCCCCAGCCCGAUCACCUCGUCCAAAUCCUCCCCGCCGCUCCUGCAGCUCACACCACCACCACCACCACCGAGUUCAUAGUUCAGCUUCUCGGCGAGCUCGGCGGCCUUGCUCUGCGUCCUGUUCCAGAUGAUCACCUCCCGCAGCCCCGGCCGGGCGGCGAGGUGGGCCCUGAUCAGGUGCGGCGCGAGGGCGCCUGCGCCGACCAUGACGAGGACUCUGCUGUCGGCCCGGGCGAGGAGCUUCGAGGCGAGACCGGAGACGCAGGAGGUUCGGUAGAGGGUCAGGAGGGUGCCGUCCAUGGUGGCCAAGGUCUGGCCGGUGGCGGAGCUGAAGAGGACGUAGCUGGCGUGGAUUCCGGGCAGGCUGUGGAGGUGGGAGUUUUGGGGGAAGUGGGUGACGAGCUUGACGCCGAUGUAAGGGAGGGAGGAGGAAGGGGAGGUGGACCAGGAAGGCAUGAGGAGGAGGUUGGAGGUUGGUGAAACGGCGUAGCUUUGGCGGAUUGGGGUGUGGAGCGUGGCGGCGACGGCGGGGAGGGAGGUCUGGAAGUGUUGGAUUAAGGAGCUGUGGGAUAGGGUGGCGCGCAGGGAUUCGGCGUCGAUGAAGAUUGGAGACGACGCCGGCGAUGGUGUGGAAGCCAUUGACGAUGCGAUGAGGUCGUCGCUGUGGUUAGGGAGAAAGACAGGUGUUUUGUAUUCGGAAAAUCGUAAUCGGGAAAGAUGGAAAUUAAUAAUUAUCACCAAAACAAAGUGGAAUG